CUGCCAGCAUGGCCGCGGCACGGACGCUACUGGUGGCGCUCCUGCCCUGCCUGGGCCUCGGCCUGGAGACGGCUCGGUUCCCGCUGCUCAUGCCCAAGGUGGUGCCGCCCAAGCCCGAAACGUACUUCUGCACCUCCGUGCGGCUGUUGGACGACAAGGAUCAAUACAUUCUGAGUUUCGAGCCCAAUGCCACCCAGAACACGGCCCACCACAUGCUGCUGUACGGCUGCGAACAGCCGGGCACUGAUGACGCCGUCUGGAGCUGCGGCGACAUGGCCAUCAGCGACCCCAGCAAAAAGUCGGGCCCCAUCUGCCGCGGCACGUCGCAGAUAAUCUACGCCUGGGCCAAGAACGCGCCCAAGCUGGUGCUGCCAGACGGCGUGGCAUUCCACGUCGGGAAGAGCACCAAACUCAAAUACCUGACUCUGCAGGUUCACUACGCUGACGUAUCGCCGUUCAAAGAUGGAAAAACUAAGGACGACUCCGGGGUCUUCCUCACUUAUACAGAAACGCCGCAGCCGAAGGCCGCUGGCGUGAUGCUGCUGGGCACCGGCGGCUUCAUCUUCCCCAAGACGACGCAGUACAUGGAGACCGCCUGCGACAUCGAGGAGGACAAGGUCAUCCACCCGUUCGCCUUCCGGACGCACACACACGCCCUCGGCACGGUGGUUUCGGGCUGGAAGGUGCAGUACAAGGACGGCGAGUACAAAUGGACGCUGAUCGGCAAGAUGGACCCGCAGCUGCCGCAGAUGUUCUACCCGGUGCUGGACGACAUCACUCUCACAAAGGGAGACAUUGUGGCCGCACGAUGCACCAUGAAUAAUUUCCGGUCCCGAAUCACCAGAGUUGGCGACACCGGCCGCGACGAGAUGUGCAACUUCUACGUGAUGUACUGGACGAAAGAUGGCGCUCUAAGCACCAACAACUGUUUCCGCGAGGGGCCGCCGCAGCUGUUCUGGACCGACAUGGGCCUGGACAACAUCCCCGACUACGAGGCGUCUCACCUGCCGGUGGAGAUGGAGGAGCUGGCCAGGCAGCACCGGCACAGCCACCACGGCUAGCUCCGCCGAGCUGCUCGGUCCGGCAGACAGCUGACGGCUGCCGCUACGGGUCCGCCCGGCAGUGCGAUACGUGCCUCUGCGGCACGCGGGCAUGGGCGCCCAGAGUACUGCGCGGUCUAUCGGUCCACCACUGGGCUGGAUAUGUAGCACAUAGUAGUCCGUUUUGUUGUCACAAUUCGCAUAUUUAACUGUGCUCGCUGUCGCACGCGUCCUGUCGCUAUCGUUGCGCCGGAUAAGUAAACGUUCAUUGUUGCGCUUGUCUGAAAAUAAUUAGGUAAAUGUUCUUUAAGAUUUUUGUCUCUCCCGUAUUUCUACAAUGUCGUAUAAGCGCUUAGCGAACAUUGGCGAACUGGGCUUCAAUGUUGGUAUUCUGUUAUUUUGACCCUGGACCUCACCGAUCUGACCUAGCUAUAACCUACUCAAGGGAAACUAUUUGUGUUUAUACAAAUAUGUCUCGGUAAGAGCUAUCGAGUGCUGUUUGCUUUGUCUUUGGAUUACCAUCCGUUGGGAAAUUAGAUGGUGGGAAGACAGAAUCGGUCCACGCCAGCGGAACGCGGGCUGCGUUCCUACAAAAUGUUAUGAUCACUGGUUAGGAGCAGAUUGUAAGUGCACGCUUGGGUCAACGCCGAGAUAUAUACUUUGUACCAUACAAUGUUAAGAAAAUGUGCAAUUACCGACGUGGUGUAAUUGCAAGCCGAGUCACUGACUAAAUUAGCAUAAAACUGUCUACUUUUCACUUGAGUAAGCGAUGUCUAUCGUGUCAGCGUACAUAUUUACAUGCAGACUAUCGAGCUUAUAUGUCAUAACAUCGUAGCAUAUAACUACAGUGUGCAUUGCAUUGUGACUGCUUGUUACAUCUGCUACGUAACCGAAAUAAUAUUUUCAUGAAUAUGAACGCGAGUGAUAUCUUAGCUAAACGCAGCUGUUGCGUUGGCCAUGUAUGUAACUACAUAUAUUAUACCUUCCACGACCACGUGCAUAAAUGUACCAGUGGGCGCACCAGGGUGAAGGGUCCAUGGGCGCACCAAAAGUCGUCAUGCUGAUGUAUCAAUGAAUGGAUGAUGUGGUCGAUUC